AUGUUAGAGCGGGCUGGUCUCGUCUGUCGCAGAUGCGCCGCCCGCGCAGGACAGCCGCAAUGGCCUUUCCUUCGACCCCUCGGAGGGGCGACCGGUCGUGCCGCCAGAGCCAUUGGCGCAUCACAGAGAAGCAGCAACACUCCAGAUACUCCCAAGCAUGCUAGCACCGUUGCGUCUCCCAGUCCAUCGCACUGCGCCGACCACAUUGCGUCCAGCUUUCAUGCUCAGCUUGAACAACCCUUCCACCCCGCGACACUCAGAAACUUCCAGCCUCCCCAAGCGGCUCCUCCCAACACGAACCCUCCAAAACCAACCUACGAACAGCGAGAGUCUGCUCCUCCUUACAUUUCCUAUGAGCGUCGGAGAAUUCGACGGCGACGCCCGUUCACUAAGGACUACUAUGAGCUUGCACGUCUGAAUGGGACGACCAUGAGGCACGAGAAGAGAGAAUAUCGACGAUGGGAGCACCGAUAUCUCCCCUGCUUCAACCGCAUAAAGACACAUGGGCCGCAGCCAUACAUGCCACUGGAAAGCGCGCCCGACAAUUUCGGAGUUCCAGGCUCCAGUCCUCUGCUCAAGGAGUUCCUAGCCCAAGGAGACGUCGCCUCAAUGCAUGUAUGGUGGCACAUGAAGCCCGUUGAAGAGCGCAAAAGGCUAUGGAGGGGAAUAUUUAUUUCUACUCUGGGCUACGCCCCUCACAGAGCGAUCGAUGUGCUGGAGGUGGUCGCUCAAUAUGGAGUGGUGCCGCGAUAUGCUGUUUUCGACAUGUUCAACUACAUCAUCCACUGGACAUUAUCCCUGCCACUAUCGUGUCGUCCCGUGUACCACGCCCGUUUGGCCCCUCUGAUGCUUCGCUUAACCCGCGAAUAUCGACAGAUUCCAUGGCUACAAUGGACCAUUUACCGAGUCGUUUCCGUCUCCAAGGCACCGAUGAUCGCCGAGCUGUACAAAGAGUUCCUCCAACGCAGAAAACACCUUCAUUCGAACACCCUUCUUCACAUCGCAAAUCGUCUCGCCAAAGAUGUCCACUACAAACUGCUUGCCACUGAUAUCCUCGAGCACCUGGUGUGCGAUCGCAAGCUCAAGCCGCACUAUGCCACCAUUUUGGCCUUGAACACAGCCAUCUUGAAAUUCCCGAAACCGCACCCGGGGAGCCUGGAACCAAAACACUUCCCUCCGAAUAAGAUCCCUCAACUCCAAGCGGUCUUAUAUGAGCGCCUUGCCAAGUUAGGCUUGCAGCCGAACCUGAUCCAUUAUACGGCCAUGAUCACAGGUCUUUGCUGGGCCAAGAAGAUGUCCACAGCCUGGCGCGUUUACGAUGAGAUGUGUAACCAGGGCAUCGUUCCCGACGUCAACGUCUACGGUGUCUUGCUGCAUGGGGCCAAGCUGACUAGCGAUGUUGAGUCGGUUAUUCGAGUCUUCGACGAAGCACCAGCGGAUAUUCUCAAGUCUCCCUACGUCUGGAACGAGGUUCUGCAUAUCAUCCACCGGAUCGCCUCCCGGGAAGCCAUAGAAAGGACUAUACGUGAAACAAGAGCAGUGCUCGAUCACGAGCAUAUAGGACCGUUUGCCUGGAAGCGAUCAACUUGGGUACCUGCCCUUCACCCAGGGUUCCACGUUAUGUUGGAGCUAUACUCCCGAUUUUUCAAGCCGGAACCUCUCUGCCAUUUGCUUGGAUUUUCCUCUCCAAGCGACCUUUACAAUGCUGUUCAACAAGAUGACAGGCAUUGGAGGUGGAAAGAGACCUUGGCGCCGGUGCUCGACAGACUAUCACAGGCUCCGGUGCCAAAAGCGUCCGUUGACCCUCAAAUCUACACCCUGGGUAUCAUGCUCCUCACCUACCUCCGCAGCGUCCCAGAUGCUCAGCCCAUCAUGUCCUUUUAUUCGCAUUUCCAAAAGCUGGUCAACCUUCGGGACCCUAUAGCCGUCAAGAUGUUGCGGAAAGGCUCUCUUGUCUACGAUUCCGUCAUCUACUCCCUCACCCAGUUCGACAAUACCCUGCGUCUCGCUCAGAAUAUCAUCCGCGACAUGCUGAACGGAGCAGCUGCUUCGUAUCCACACAAGUCGGAGGGAUAUGAUAUCCCGACUAAUUAUGAUCAUAACCCUGACUUCACCGUGGACCCUCCGCCCGAGCCAAUCCGGCUCCCCAAGCCCGGCGUCUACACCUGGUCGAUCCUCAUCGCAGCCGCCAACAGAAAGGGCAUCCGCCAUUCGGGUGCCAUCUGGCGCGAAAUGCGCCGCCACGGCAUCCAUCCCACCAAGGCGACAUGGAACGUCCUCCUCUGGGCCUUCGCCCGCGAGCAGAAGCCGCUGUCAGUCGCCAAGACCCUCGUCGCCAUGGAACAAGCCGGUAUAGAAGGCGAUGGACACACCAUGCGUGCCUUCUCAAAGCUCGCCGACAAGGAACGCGCAUUACGGUAUUACGAGAAGCUGGCGGAACGCAUGCGCCAGGAACAGAAGGAGCAGGAGGACUUUCGGCUGCAACCCUGGCAGCAGAUGCUGCUCGAUCUUCAAGACAGAGUUCGUCGCCAUGACCGUGACCGUGACGAGCGGAUGAUGACGUCCGAGGAGCGGAUGGCCCGGAUCAGGCAGCAGCAGCUGGAGACCCAGGUGCCGCUGCUUAUGGAGCAGUUGGAUUCGCCGCGCCCAACGAGGCCGCUGCAGGUUUAUAAUAGGAAUCAUGGAGAGAAACAAGCGAGGGCUAGCUGGGAUGCGAUUGUUGCCGCGGUGCAGGAGGCGGAUGGGGUGAUGUUUAAUCUUGAAGGGGGUAACCAGCCGAUGGUGGCACAGACACGAACACAACAGCAGGAGCAGCAGCAGGAGCAAAGUGGCCCAUCCGCUGUACCCCCCACAGACUAUGAUUCCUUCUUUCAACAACAACAACAACAACAACAACAGCAGCAGCAGCAGCAGCAGCAGCAGCAGCAGCAGCAGCAGCAGCAGCAGCAGCAGCAGCAGCAACAGCAACAGCAACAGCAACAGCAACAACAACAACAACUGGACGAACUGCCGUUACAACCGCUCGACCCGGUGCUGCCGUUGCCGGGUCGGAGGCCGAAGCGGAAGCUGGACUCGGAGCUUACGGACGCGUUUUCGGAGCUGCUUUUGGAUUCUGAGAAUGAACAGUAA